AUGAUGGCAUCGUUACGAAGAACUGGAAAUUUGGCUGUCAUAUUAAGUAAGACGAUGCAAUGGUCAUCCACCUUUCAAAUGAUUAGUCAUUGUUUCGAGUUAAAGCCCUAUUUAGACCUUCAAGAUCCUGAGUUAGCCAAGUUACUGCCAUCACCUAAAGACGAUGUUAAGUUAACGGAAAAGAUGAAAGAUUUAGCAGCAUUUGAAUCAGUCUACCACAAAUUAUUCUACUCGCCUGAUAUUGAUCAUAAUACUUUACGACAAUUAUUUGACGCCUUGAUCCGACAAUUCCCUCAACUCGACCUCUACCUAGCCGCAGAUUCAGUGCGUGUUUAUAGUGUUGCUUUUGAAACAGGAAUUGCCAAAAUUAUUACGGGACAAGAACCGAGUUUGACAAAAGAUGAACAGGAGGUUUGCCAACCCUUUAGAGUUAUAGACGAUACUGCGGAUAAAUCUGCUAUGGAUUCUAUUAUAAAUGACAACCUCUCGUUUGCUGAGAAGGUCUUGUCAAAGCAAACAUCGAAGGUAACGAAGUCUUCCGCAUAUGAAGAUGUAUCUUAUAUACCAGUUAUGUCCACUGUAACUCAGCAAUUAACCCGUAAUAAUAUCAUUGAUCUAACUAAGAGCAAUGAUGUCAUGAAUCCCAUUUACUUACGGUGUAUCUUUCUAAAGCUGAAUCGCCGUUUGUGGGAUUUACCAUUACUCAAGAAAGUAGUUCACAGAUCAACUUAA